UUGGCCUUGCAAAAAGGCAGCCCCUCUUUUGGUUCCCCUUCCCCUUCCCCUUCCCCUUCACAGCUCUCCUCCUUCCUUUGGGAGAGCCUCCUCUGCUUCCUUCCCUUUUAGGACCCUCCUCAACCCCCCGGCAAUCCUAAAAUUAAUGCCCCCAUCUGCCGGUGGUGCAUCGAUCUGGUCCCUCCUCCCCCUGCUCAGCUAGGUGAUCGCGCGUAGGGCUCCGGUGGGCGCGCCUGGAUGGGAGUUCAGACAAUGUCGUCCCACGGCGACGACGGCCGCCGCGGCCUCUCGCGGCAGGGCUCGGUCUACAGCCUCACGCUGACCGAGGUGGAGACCCAUCUGGGCGAGCCGCUGCGAAGCAUGAACCUGGACGAGCUCCUGCGCACCGUGCUCCCGGCCGCCCCCGCCGCCGAGCCGUCGGCGGCGGCCGCCAAGAAGACGGUGGACGAGGUGUGGCGCGACAUCCAGAGCGCCAGCGGCGCUCGGCAGCCGACCAUGGACGAGAUGACGCUGGAGGACUUCCUCUCCCGCGCCGGCGUCGCCGUGGACGCCGGCGGCGGGGGCUGCGCCGGGCCGCAUUGGCUGCACCAGUACCCGCCGCAGCAGCAGUACCUGGUGCCGCGGCCCUUGCCGCUCGGGGCCGGCGACGCCGUGUACCGCGACGGGGUCGGGGUCGGUGUCUUCCUAUCGCAGGUGGCCGGCCGGAAGCGCGGCGCGGCGGCGGCGGUGACCGGGGACGGCGUGGUGGAGAGGACGGUGGAGCGGCGGCAGAAGCGCAUGAUCAAGAACCGCGAAUCCGCGGCGAGGUCCCGGGCCAGGAAGCAGGCGUACACCAACGAGCUCGAGAACAAGAUCGCCCUACUUGAGCAGGAGAACGAGCGUCUCAGGAAGCUCAAGAUGCUGGAGCCGCUGGAGCCGCCACCGGAGCAUGAGCGGCGGCCAGUGCCCCAGCCGGAGGUGAAGCAGCAGCUCCGGCGAACGAAUUCAGCCACCUUCUGACGAGACGACGGACGGGCCUUAAAAGCGGGCAUAUGCUUGUUCAUAGUGAAGCUCUCUCUCUCUCUCUAUUAUAUCUCUCAUUCUCUCUCUAGGGCGUCUAAUUGACGGGUUGGGUCUGUGUUUAAUUAGAUGGAGAUGUUGUGAACCAACGAACGAACUCUGCUCUGUCUGCAGUAGUUGCAGAUUGUGGACGGGUGUUGCUGCAAUGCAAUGAAAGUUGAAAGCAAUGCAUCGUGCUGCGAUUUUGUCGCUGCGGUUCCUUCCA